AUGAGGCGAAGAGGCUGGCCUUUAAAACGAGAGGAUCCCUCGCAAAGGUUUACCCCAGGUCUAGCCAUGCGGUCCCUCAAGAAUCUAGCAGCCCUCUUGUCGUUAGUUCCUGCGGCAUUUGCUCUCCCUCCUCAUGAGGUCAGGGUCAAUCGCGAUGUACUGCGCUCCCGAGCACCAUCGGGAAGCAAGUCCGUCAUCGUUCAAAUGUUCGAGUGGAACUGGGACAGCAUCGCCAGCGAAUGCACAAACUUCCUUGGACCCGCAGGUUACGGCUUUGUUCAAGUCAGUCCACCGGCUGAGCACAUUUCCGGGUCCCAAUGGUGGACGGACUAUCAGCCAGUCUCCUACAUCCUGACUUCAAAGCGGGGCGAUCGCUCCCAGUUCUCCAGGAUGAUCAGCGCUUGCCAUGCCGCCGGUGUUGGGGUUAUUGUAGACACUAUAUUCAAUCACAUGGCUGGAGUCCAGUCUGGCACAGGCGUCGCUGGGAGCUCGUUCACGCACUACAAUUAUCCUGGUAUCUACCAAAGUCAGGACUUCCACCACUGUGGUCUGACCUCCAACGACGAUAUCGCUGAUUAUGGCAACCGCCAGCAGGUGCAGACCUCCUCUGACGUAGUGGAUAUUUUAAGCCUUGCGACUGGGACGGACUACGUGCGCAGUCGACUUGCGGCGUACGCUAACGACGUUCUGUCGCUUGGAGUGGAUGGACUGAGGCUCGACGCCGCCAAACAUAUCGCAGCUGGAGACAUAGCGAAUAUUUUGGGCAGACUGUCAACGACGACGUAUAUCACCCAAGAAGUGAUCUACGGUUCUGGAGAGGCCGUCCAGCCUUCAGAAUACACGGGUAAUGGCGAUGUCCAAGAAUUCCGGUACACCUAUGCAGUGAGGGACGCCUUCAACUCCGGAGGGAUUUCCUCUCUCCAGAACCUUGAUAAUAGAGGAUGGAUCGCUUCAAGUCAGGCCAACGUGUUUGUGGCAAACCACGACACUGAACGAAACGGUGGUUCAUUGAAAUACAAUGCCGCCUCAAACAUCUAUGUCACCGCACACGUCUUCUCCCUCGCCCACCCUUACGGAACGCCGACCAUAUUAUCGAGUUAUUCUUUCUCGUCGAAUGACGUGGGUUCUCCCAACAGCGGUGCGGGAACGUGCUCAGCGACUGGCGGCACCAAUGGAUGGCUCUGCCAGCAUCGCUAUACCGCCAUCAGUGGCAUGGUCGGAUUCAGAAAUAACGUCGGUUCCGCAGCGAUCAACAACUGGGUAUCGCCUCAGUCCCAGCAGAUCGCGUUCGGGAGAGGCGCUCUUGGCUUCGUCGCUAUUAACAACGCGGACUCAGCAUGGACGGCAACCUUCAGCACCUCGCUUCCUGAUGGGUCGUACUGUGACGUGAUAAGUGGCAGUAGCUCCUCGGGAGCAUGUACUGGAACAGGUGUCACGGUAUCGGGUGGAUCAUUCUCCGUAACGGUUUCUGCUCGAAAUGCCAUCGCCAUACACACGGGCGCUCUAGGGGCUGGAGGAGGAGGAGGAGGAACAGUUCCUCCUUCUUCUGUCUCCGUCACGUUUCAAGAGACUGCAACCACCGUAUGGGGCGAGAAUAUCUUUCUGGUCGGUAGCCUCUCCCAACUUGGAUCUUGGACCCCAGCAGCUGCGAUUGCCCUCUCAUCUGCGGCCUACCCUGUCUGGAGUGUGACCGUCUCACUCCCGGCCAGCACCACCUUCCAGUACAAGUUCAUUCGAAAGCAGUCGGACGGAACGGUUGUUUGGGAGUCGGAUCCUAAUCGCCAGGCAACCACAGGCUCUUCUGGAUCUCAAACUAUAUCUUCCUCCUGGCAAUGA